UAAUGCAACGUCUAGUUGUAAUUCCGUUCGUUUUGGUCCUCAGAGGACGCCGUAGUUCCAUGUGCGUUUACGGACGGCGGUUUGCAGGGAGCUGAUUGAGGAAGGCAUGAGAUGCAGACAUGACGGAGAGUUUAAGGACCCAGUUGGAUUUCUCCAGCCCUGUCAUCCAAGCCCAGGCGGUGAGAAAUCUUGUUGCCGCGGUGCUGAAGGAAAAAGGCUCAAAUGGGACAAUCACUCAGUCCUCCACCCAGGGCCCAGCAUUGGAGGCUCUGUGGCAGCAGUGCUGCAGCGACUGUGCUCUGGUGCGUUCUACCUGCUGUGACGCCGUGGUGCUUUUAGUGGAUCAGGGCCAUGCCGACCUGCAGUUCAUUCUCAACAGUGUCCUCAAUCUCCUGCCUUCUGCCAGAAAUGUGCAGGGGCUCAUAAAGGUUAUUGGAAGACUGCUGCAGAUGCAAGCGGACCAGAGGCAGGGGGGCCCAAACUUCACCUGUCCUUACUCCAUCAGGAGCUGUCCUCACCCAUACAUCACAGCACUGGAGAACCGAGCAGACUGCUGGCCAGUGCUGCUGCUAGAGAUUGAUGACUUUAUCCGUCAAGCUGCUGAGAGGAAUAAAGCAGCGUACAUCACCAUGCUGGCUCCCUUCCUUCGGUACCUGUACUGUGAACCUCAAAGGCAGUCCCAGCAUGCCCUGCUUCGACAGAGUCUGCUCAGGGUGCUGCUGCCCACAAAGCCAGGAGCUGGAUGGACCCCUGAGAACGAGGACCAGGAGAAGACUGCAGCGGUGUCAGACAGCCUGCUGCUCUGCCUUUGUCAGCUGGUUCCACAUUUACAGGUGGAUAGUGUGGAGGCAUUGCUUGAACUGUGUGGAUUUGUGGACACCCUGCUUCAGGGUCUUAUGAGUGCCUCUGGAGAGCUUUGGACAACUGAAAGAGCUCGGCUGCUGGUGCAACUGCUGUGUGCAUGUCACCAAUGCCUGAAGUUAAACGGGGACUGCAGACCGCUCCUGAACCUGAUACAGCAACUCCUGCCCACAUCCAAGGUUUGGCCGGUGGAUGAGCUGCUGAUGGGUGUGGCCUUGCUUCUGCCGGAGGCCCCUCCAGCUCAGCAGAGCAGCUUGCUUAGACUUGCGCUGAGUUUAGCCCCUGAACAGGCCGAGCUGGCUCAUUGGCUGAGUCCGGUCCUGGUUCUUCCCGUGCUGCAGCUCCUGUCCUGCUCCCGCCUCACCGAGCCGCUGGCCGAUCCAACGACGCACAGCUUAAACCACAGUCUAGCCCACAGAGUGUUGCGCAGCAUCAGCAAACCCACAAACAAAGCCCAGCAGCCUCGCCCAACAUUGGCCCUCCCUCUCAGCUCCUGGUACGGCGAGCUCAGCGUGGCUUUGUCCAUCUUGCACAAAGUUGCCCAUGAUCCAUCUGCGGCCACUGAUUGGCUGCUGGCGGUGAACUCAGCCCUAACGUCCAGCCAGCGCCUGUCCUCAUCCCUCGCCCUCAUUGUGACCUACCUCCUCAUCACCACUGAGGACGAUAUCUGCCCGCUGGCUUUGAAAGCUUGUCAGGCCAUCGCUGCUGCCGAUCCUUGCCAGGUCCCCUCUCUCAUUCCUGUCCUGUUAUUCAAACUGUCAAAGGAAACAAACCCAGGUUUGACUCAUGCUGUGCUCAGCUGCCUGCCAAACCUUGGCACCCAUAAGCUUUGCGUCCCCAUGGUGCUGCAGACUCUCCAAAUGCUGGCCAGUUCACCCAAGCUGAGAGCUGUUGCAAUGCGCCUGAUGACCACUCUCUGGAAAAGACAGGACCGAGUCUACCCAGAGCUGCAGCGUCUGAUGAGCCAACAGGAAACCAGAGUGGUGGUGGGGAAGGAGACUCAGUGGGAGCAGAUCCUGGCCAGGGCGGCCUGCCUCAGGGACGUCUGCAGAGAGAGGCCUUACCAGCACGGAGGUGACAUGCUAGCUGCCAUCUCACUCACUCUGAAGCAGUGCAACAGACCAGACAUGGCGACCCCUGCUGCUCUCUCCGUGCAAGGCUUACAGGAGCUUUGCAGAGCCGAGGUAGUAGACAUUAUCUCGACUUGGAGAAGUCUUGGAGCUGAGCUGAGAUGUGACUCCCGUCCACUGAUGAUUAAAGCCAUUGCUGAGCUGCUAUCCUUGGUUCCCCAGCUCGCUGUAAAGUCAGAGGAGUAUGAGAAACUGAAAGAGGAGGUGGUCAGCUUCCUCUGGAAUUAUGCUGCAAGCCAGGAUCCAGAGGUGUCCAGCUGUGGCUACAGAGCUUUGGCAGCUUUUCCUGAAACAAUCCACACCGUCCUUCACCUCCCUGAGGCUGCCAGACCUGUUGUGAAGGUUUGUGAAAGUGAAGAUGACGACAAUAAAAUGGAUAAGGCAGAAGAGGAAGAAGAGAAAGAUCUCUCUAUCCCUGGAGCAUCCUACAUGAAGCUGAUGGGUCUCACCUCCGUCUCUGUUCUGCCAGCCUUUAAGGACUUCCUGACAUCGCUGGUGAAGCAGGAGAUGAGUCAGAUGCCACGAGGAGUAUAUUUCUCUGCCCUGAGGGGGGGUGGCCUUCGUUCUGAUCAAGGAAAAACCGUUGCAGGGAUCCCAUCAUUCAUUCUGAAGACCUAUGAGAAAAACAAGCAGCCUGGCCUGAAGCCAGGACUAGCAGCUGGUCUUCUGCUCUGCUAUGAGCUCCCCGUGCAGACAGACCGCAACGGAAGGCCUAUUGACCGUUUCCUUGUCAGCCGAAGCCGCAGCUACCAGCAGACCCUGACCGCCCUCAUUCACGAAGUGAACAUCCAGCCCUCUGAGUGGCACCGGGCUCUUCUGCUCCCCCAGGCAUGGAGGGGGUUCAUGAGCCGAGCUUUCCAGGCCGUCCUGCAGGGCCGACGUGCCGAUCUGGAGAUGCAGCAGAAACACGGCAAAGAGGAGCCCCAGGAGCUGCAGUACAAACAGCACUGUGCCUGGCUGUGGGCCAGAGAUCAGCUGACAGAUGUCAUCAAAACUGCCACAAAGGACAGUCCUGUUGUCCAGGGCAACUCCAUCCUGGCUCUGAGCGGCCUGGCUGCUGUGGUUGCCAAGUAUGAGAGUAAUCUACCCACUGACAGCAGUGGCAGCCUCGGGGCUGGCCCAGAGUUUGUGCCUACUGCCAGCUGGUUGGCCAUGGUGCUCAACACCCUGCUCAGCAUCAUCAGCAGCAGCUACAAGCCCAGAGGACAAGUGUUUCCAUGGUUCCUGCACCGAUCGUACUCCGGUGAGAACACGGCGAGCGCCAUCGCUCGCUCCUGCGCCAGCCUGGCCUUGUCCCUGCUCGUCCCAGUUCUGGUGGUGUGGCAGAGGGACAGUCUGGUCCAGGUUCUGUCGGCUCUAAAAGCCGGCCUGCCAGGCUCGUCCGCUGCAGACGACUCCCAGGCUGUCCAGUUCCACUCAGGCCUUGCGCUUGGCAUGGUUCUCUCCAGUCUGCACCACCAGCGCCUGAGCGAUAUCUCUGGCCAGAAGGACGCGGAUCUCCUCUCCAACUCGCUGGACGCGCUGGAAAGUUGCUGCUUCAACCCUAACCUGGAAUACAACACCGGCUGCGUGUUGGGCCUGGGGCUUGUGCUCUCAGCCCUCUGCAGCAGGGGGCAGGCGGAGCAGCAGGUUCACGCCAGCAGAACUCUCGACAAGCUGCUGGCCAACCUGCAGGACAGCAGUGGACAGGGACGCAUGCUGCAGGAGGUCCUGUCUUACUCUGUGGCCUGUGCGGGGGUCUCAGCCUUCAGCGCCGGUCUGAUUGAUGCUGCCAAGGCCGAGGAGGUCCUGGACACUCUGCGAUCCCUGACUGAGGAGAGCCAGCAGACUCCAGGCUUCUCAUUGGCUCUCGGACUGCUUGUCCAUGGCCUGGCUGUGUCCGGCCACGGUAAAGCAGAGGACAUCCACCCCCGUCUGCUGGCUGCUUGGAUCAAAAUCCUGCUGGCCGAGGGCUGUCCCACAAUGCAGCGCCUGGCUGCUGCUAACGGUCUGGUAGCUUUAGUAGGAUCAGAGAGCUGCCUGAUUCAGCUCCAGACAGAGAUGGAGCUUUCCUCCCAGCAGCAGAGCAGACUCAAUGAGGUCAUCCGUGCCAUCACACAGAUCAUAACCUUUUCUGGAGCCAUUGGUCUGCAGUCCAACAGUGCCUGUCUCAUUGGCCAUCUGCACCUGGCCCACAUGUCCACCAGUCACACUCACACAGCAGUUCCUCAAGACUUCAGUUACCUCCCAGAGAAAAGUGUCAUCCGAUCCAUAAUGGACUUCAUCUCAGAAGCUGGGAAAAAAGGUCCAGAGUUUUCCCAUCCGGCUCUGGUCAGCACCGCUCUGUCUCCCUUGGCGUCUGUAGGGGCUAGCUUCCAAUACCCCCCGGUUAACUGGAGCGCUGUCCUGUCCCCGCUGAUGAGACUGAGCUUCGGAGAAGAUAUCCAGCAUCAGUGUGUGGUACUGGCAGCGUCCCAAGCUCAGUCUUCACAAAGCGCUUCCCUCUUCCUGGGCUCCUGGCUGUCACCACCUCUGGUCCACAGCCUCAGUCAUCGCACUCGGGCCCACCUCUAUGAGACCCUGGGUGUGUGGAUGAAGCACGUGGCGGAGGACAAACUGCAGGUGUACGUGCAGAGCCUGGGCCUGCAGCAGUUCCAGGAGGAUGUCCGAGCACAGAGGCUGUCCCUGUGUCAGUCGCUGCUGCAGGGCCUUGCUCAGGCCAUGGCCCUCCCCAACCCCCCCAACCACUGCUGGACCAUCCUCUGCUCGUCUGCAGAGAAGAUCUUUGGCCUCCUGCCCAAUCAAAUCCAGGAUUCUGAAGUGGAUCUGUAUGUGGGCGUCGCCAAGUGUCUGUCUGAGAUGUCGGACUCUGAGAUCGACAGAAUAGUUCAGGUUUCACAGGCUCAGAUGGAAAAGACCUGCUUUGUGCUGGCGUACCUGACCUCCCAGGGCAGAGUUCCCCUCCUCAGCCUCAAUGAUGUAAUCGCCGGGGUCCUCCGUGGUUGGCCGAGCUGCAGAGUGGGCUGGAUCCUCCUGCAGGCUUUUUACCAGUGCCGUCUGGCUGCCAGCGCCAAUACAGGUGUUUCUAAGCGACUGGAGUGGCUGCUGGAGCUGAUGGGACACAUCCGGAACAUUGGCUACGGUGCAACGCCCGUCAGCUGUGGGGAUGCCAGACUGGCCACCGACUUCCUGUUCCAGCUCUUUGCUGCUGCUGUCGUUUCCUGGGGUGACCACUACAUGCCCCUCCUCUUUGGCAUCAGGCCCCAGUGGUUCCCGUGGCAACCAGCCUCCAAGCCUGCGACGCUAACACACAGCUUGUACGGGGCGGCGUCGCUCUCGGAGCUGGCUCUGUCGCAGUGCCUGCUGGGAGUGUCCCACAGCCUGCCGCUGCUGCUGGACAAGGAGCCAUGGAGCAGCCAGACACACAAGUUUAUAGACUGGCUCCUCAGUAUAACAGAAGGACCUGAGGAGAAUCUUUCAGCCGUCACCAUCAGCACAGCCAAAGCUGCUCUCUUGGGUCUGAAGUCCUCCGCUGAGUUCAGGAAGAAGGCCGUGUGGACCAGAGCUUAUGGCUGGUAGUUCAGAAGAACCCCAGCAUGCUGUAACCAUGGUAACACCUGCACAGAAAUCAUCUGUCCUACUUGGUGAAAGAAACUUGAGGAGGACCUUUGGUUUUGCUCUUUUUUGGGUCAUGAACAGAAUUCCUGCUCUGUCAGAACCACGUCUUCAUUAAAACCGUUUCGCUAAAUGUU